AUGGAGAAUUCUCUCUUUCAGCUGAGCAGCAUUAGUGACUACUGGAUGAGCCUCAGCUCCAUUGUCAUGGCCAAGGACAUGAUCUUUGGUGUUAUGUGUGGAGCAGGGCUCUUCUUGCUCCUGAUCCCCUUCCUGAAGAAGUACCUAGCAUCACCACCACCUGGGAGCAGAAAGAACCCCCCAAAGGUGGUGAGGAGGGGGCAGAGCAGGGCAAGGAAGAAAAAUGUUUCUGCAAAAGGUGGCAGAGAUGGCAGAAAGAAUGUGAAAGAGACCCAGAAUGCAUCACGACCUGUGGAAAUCCCCAUCAAGGAUCCUUUAUUGGACUCCAUGCCAUGCCCACCUUGGACCACUGAUAAAAAACUGGAUCAGCUUCUCCUCUCUCAGCUGUUGUCUUACCUCAAGAUCUUGGAGAAUCUUAUACAGCAGAGAUUUAGUCGGGUUUUCUGGGGCAUGUCCUUCAUGCUCUCUGAGUCAGUGGUGGCUUCUGCCUGGGUCGCCAGGAGCUCUUCCUCUACGGCAACUAGAACGUCAUCAUUAUGUAAUACAUAUGGCCCUUUCCCAGCUCUACCCAUGGCUCAAGGACUUCCACAGAUUUCCCAGACCCAGCCAGUGCCCCAUCAACUUGUAACAUCCAGUUUGGUAGGUGUGACACAGGUCCAGACACUGGGCAACCUCCCAAGCUCUACACCAACCCAAACACCCUCUUCAUCCAAGAGCAGUCCGUAUGGAACAACAUGCCAUAACACUGGGGUGAAGGCAUCGGUGUCCCUCCUGACUGAAAACCAGCCCUGGCAGCAGGGUCUGGAGUGGGAAGACACCAUAGACGCCAAUGUACAAAAUCAGCAAGCAGGCAUUACCUGGCCCACUCACAACUCCCCAGGGGGUACCCUGCCUGUCGAAGCUGUCAGGUCAGCCUCCAUCCUUCCUGAGCAUUGUCAGUUCCUCCAGCACCAUGAGGAGACACAGAGUGAAGACAAGGUGACUGAGGUGAGGGAAAACCAAGGCUCCUACUUCAGGAUCCUCUCAUCCCUGGAACUGACACAGCUGUGGGAACAUUUCCCAGCCAACAGUCCUUGCCAGCCCAAGAACAAGCCUGGACUCCCAAAGCCUGCCCAGCCCUCCAUCCUCGACUCCAAAAGCUGCAAGCUGAGCCAGAUGAUGGGGUCUGUGCCCUCGGCGAUGCCCUUAAAGAAGCCAGCAAUAUGUAACAUACAUGAUCCCAUCAAGAAGGGCCCCGGUUUAAGGGCCAAUGACUUGCCUUGCACAUCAAGCAGCAGCCCUGGGAAAGGCCUGGAACCCAGAAAGCCUGCACUGAGGACAGAUCAGCAGUCCUAUGUGAACACCGCCCAGGACCUUUCCUUCCUCGACCCAAAAACUCAAAUGAAGCUGGAAUCAAACAUCAUGCAGCUUCCUAUGAAACGUAGGAGACCCUCUGUUUCUAAGUCAGAGUACUGUCCCAAGGCUGCCGUGAUCCUGGAGAAAUUGCAUCACCAAGACCCAGGAGGGACAAGGGUAGAAAUUCUAUCAGCUGCCAGCCUACAGAGUCCUCUAUUUGCAUACUCACCUUCAGAGGUUCCGGUGAUGCAAAGAGCCACUCCAUCUGCUGCCAGCCAUGGACUCUCCAAGGCCCAUCCAGCUACAAAGUACAACAACCUAAGUACUCGAGCCCAUGCUUACUGCCUGCUGGCAAAGACCCAGCAGAGCAGGACUGUCCGAGGGACUGGAAGAGGCAGCCUACAACCAAGGACCAGCCUAAGAAUUGACAGGCAUGAACCACGGAAGAUGUUUAAGAAUGUGACCUCAAGACAUUCCUGUGUGGGUGGGAAGAUGGUUGAUCCUGAAGUAAGAGCCCCACCUUUAGUGGCCAAACAGACCAGCAGAAUAGCCGAGGUGAAAAAAGAAUCACAUCCUCCAUGGAAAGUGACCCUUGGGUCCAGGAUGAUUCCCAAUGGCCAAAACAUCACUACCAAUCCCAGAGAAUUUAAAUUUGUAGCAGCCAAUAGAAACCCAGGCUAUUUCCAAUCAAGUCCACAGCACUCAAGAGGUCCAGCUCUACAAUCACAGAUGCUUAAUGAGAUUGACUUCAAAUCAAACAAACAGCCACAGCCAUGGCCUAUGGGGCUUCUUCUAGACUGUCAAAGUGCUGUGUGCCCCUUCACAGUCAGCUCAUCUUCAGGGCACUCACCGCCCAGCUUCCAGAAUAGAUCCAAAAAUCCCAAGACUUCUCAGGGCCUAGGUGAUCUGUUCCUGAGGAAAGACCACAGCCUGGAGACGCAGAAACUCAGGGUCUCCAAGGAUAAGAUUCCAGCAAGUAGUCACAAAAUAUUUCAUUCCAGUGAAGAGAGGAAGGAUGUUAUAAGAUCUAGAGCAGAAAGCCAGGGAGAAAAGUUGGGGAGAAUGGGGCUCUCCCAAGCCUUGGGCCUCACUCAACUCGAGGAUACAGACAUCACUGAGCAUCAGCCUUCCUUCGAUGUGCCAGGAAAGGAGCAGGCUCCUGCAGGAAGCUUUCUGAAGAAAAUAGUAAGGAAUAUUCUGCAAUAUUUCAAUCUCAGCACCAAAGACAAGGAGCAGGGGGGUUCUCUGAAGAAUGAAAGCCCCCCACCAUCUCCUACACAGACUCAGGAGGUAGCCAUAAGUGAGAAGCUUAUCUACAAUAUGGCAGCUGAAGCACAAUCUCUCAUGGAUGUUGUGGCCCAGAUCCUGGUGGACAGACUGGGCCUUGAUCUAGAGGACCCAUCAAAGGUACAGAGGUAUAGAGUGGAACCCAUGACAUCUCAACUGGGUGUCUCUUCCCACUCUUCUGAGGAUCUCCAUGCCACAAGGAAAAGCCGACCAGUGAGAAGAAUGAGUCGUGGUCCCCACACCAGUCCCAAAGGCCACAGCCAUUCAUUCACACACAGGGGAAUCGGAAACAAGCAGCAGUGGAGUGAUGCCCAGGAAGCCUGUGAUCACCAUCAGAACACAGUGAAGAGGGAAAUGGGCUUCGACCCACUCCCCACCCUCAAGGGGAAGACCCAACCAUUCCCGUACAGAACUGGAGACAAGCAACAGCCAGGCAUGGCCAUCAAAACAGCCCAUAACCCAUAUCACCCCAAAUAG